AUGAAAUCCUAUCUGAUAUUCGGCGUUCUGCUCAUCGUGAGCCAGGCGGUGAGGGGAGAGAGUCAGAGGAUAUCCGAGUUCCUUGAAGGGAGUGACGGAUGGAGGAUUUUCAAUGCUCUCCCCGAUGCGGGCGUUGCAGCAGGACAGGUCACGGUGAACAGCAACAAUAACCCAUCGUACCUGAUCUUGUCCAACGAUGUCGUGUUCCAACUGAAUGCUAUGAAGAACGUGAGCUCGAGCUUGGGACUGAACAUGACGAUCAAGAUCCCUCAACUGUGCAUGGCGGGCGACAUCGACUGCAAAGUAAUACUGACUCUCCUUGGGGAAAGAUGCAGCAUCAGUACGCAGCUUGCGGCGACUUCACAGGUCUCGUCGAGUCUGGUGGACUUGCUAUGGUAUGCGAGUGCGGGGAGGGAUGUGGCAGCGUCUUCGUGGACCGUCUGCUCCAUGCUCCUUGCUCCCUACGGCUACUGUACAGAGCAGGAUGCUCCUUCUGCCAUGAGGGCAGUAAUGGGGACUCUGAGACAGGUAGUGCUUUCAGUGGAGGUCAGAUGCCGAUACCUCUGCGAAUCGAUGUCGUUCGACUUCAAGCUCGACAGUGUUGCUGUUGCUGCUCAGAUCGAAGGGAACAGGAUGAGCUCAACCAGGGAUCGCUUUCCCAACAUCGUCGGCCACCUUACGCUGACAAGUUUUCCUGCACUCUCAAGGUGCCGGGAUGUGCGGAUAUCGUCGUGCAUCUGGGACUCUUGCGAUGCCAGUAUGCAGCACUUGCUUGAAGCGAGCUGCGAAGGGCCGUACGGCAUGACAGGAGCACAUUGUUGGAGCCAGCCCUUCCUGAUGCGUUACAGACUGCAGAUGGUUGGCUUCAAGCUCCAAGAAGCGACGCAGACAGACAUUGGUUGCUUUCAGGGCUCAUCUUGUAUCGAGCAAAUUCCUCUUGACGUCAGCAAUGGAGUUGCGAUCUCGGCAGAACCGAUGAGGAGUGUGUGGUAUUGGGCAGAUGACGAGAAUGGAAAUGUCAUGUACGAGGGGACAUCGCUUCUCGAUCGUGUUGAAAUCUGCAACGAGCACGACCUCGUCUCGAGAAAGAUUGAGAAUCAUACGGGAGAUGUUGUUGUUGUCGGAAGAGAUGGAAAAUGCAUCUCGUUUGACUAUUCCGACACACCUGGUGAGGAAAAUCAAACAGCAAGACUCGGGGAGAAUGUGGACAAGGACGAGAAGCGAGACGAGGAAGAGGACGGGAACUUGGACGGGAAGGACGAGGACGAGGACCAGGAGAGGGACGGGAAGGACCAGGACCGGGAGAAGGACCAGGAGAAGGACGGGAAGGACAAGGACGAGGACCAGGAGAAGGACGGGAAGGACGAGGACGAGGAGCCGAAGAGGUCCAUCGAUGCAGAUCUUCUCGGUCCCGCUGGACGCGAGCGGGUCAUGGUGGGACAGAUCAAGAGCGUGUUGAGCUCUAAAGCAAGUGACAGGAAAUCUUGUGGCAAGACAAGGACGGCAGCACCUUCUCCCGAUGUCGUCAGAGUCUUGGGGAACCCGAGCUGGAUCUUCCUGAGAGGCGCUUUCUAUGAGAGGAGGAGCAACGAGGACGAGGAUGUGAGAUUUGAUAGCGGGAAAGGUUUUCUGGUCGGGACAAGACUGGGAUCUGUGGCUAUCUUGGAUUCUUUCAUCAAUGUUAAGAAUGUUUUCCCUCAUCUGGGACCUAACUCAGGAGGGACGAGGGUUGUGAUCGAAGGAGAGAUCGCAAAGAUGAACGCAAACCUGAAAGACUACAAAUGCUCGUGGCAGUUUGCGGAUAAGGUGAAAGAGAAAUAUUGA